AUGUCGAUUGCGAUCGUCCAAGCGGGCUCCAUUUUAUAUGAUACCCCAGCGACACUGGAUAAACUCGAAAAGUUCGCUAAGGAAGCUGCAGACAACGGGGCAAAACUUGUCCUUUUUCCAGAAGCAUUUGUUGGCGGUUAUCCGAAAGGAUCUGACUUUGGAAUCGUACUCGGCACACGUUCUCCGGAAGGUCGUGAAGAGUUUGGCAGAUACUUCAACUCCGCUAUCGAAGAAAAAGGUCCGGAGUCACAACGUAUUGCUGAAGUCGCCAUCACCCAAUAA